CCAAGUUCACUCAACUUGAGUGCAAGUCGUAGUAAUUUAUAAAUGGUGGAUCAGCGUAUAAUUAUAACACACUUUUUUGUUUAUAAAUUUAUGUGUAAUUACAUUUGUUUAAUAACUCGUAUCUAUUGAUUUUCUUCAACUUGAACAUAGUACACAUGAAGUGAGUGUGUUUUCUUUUGAAUUUUGUCCAAUUUAUUCGUGUUUUCCAAAAAAAGAAAAAUCCACAGUGCAUCGCCCAAAAACAAAAAAGAAAAAAAACCAACAAGGGAAAAAUUAUUUGCACUCUGCGCUAGUAGCAUCAUUGGACAGUAACCACACUCAUUCUUGUUGUUGUUUUCAUUUGUAAUCUUGUCUGCUUUGAACCGUCCCGAACAAAAAACAAAAAAGAAAAACAGAUGACAUUCGACACAUAAAAAAUAAAUUAGAAAAAAGAACUUCGUCGUCUCUUGGUUCCGAUUUCGAGAGACCUUGUGUGAAAUCUAUGCAGUUUCUGCAAAAAAAACGCAGAUAAGGAGGAAUAUUAAUUAGUCUGCAACCCACAGCUCUAGCCCACAGCUUUGUGUCCGUUCUUAUGCGUUGCAACAGUGGAAACAACUUCGCCUUAUUUCUCCCCGCUGCAGAACAGCCUUAGGUACUUGUGGUUAUAUGUUAACAAGCUGAUUGUUUCAUUUUCGUGAAUUGCUCUGGUGCGUGUGUCGCAUAAUGUCCAAUAAAAUCAACCCCAAGCGGCGCGAUGCCACAAACACAUCUUCGUCGUCUAGUUCGUCACUAUCAUCAGCUGGGGGUGGCGAUGGCGGAAUGUCAGCUGAUCUAACAUCACUCUUCGAAUGUCCAGUGUGUUUCGACUAUGUUCUGCCUCCGAUCUUGCAGUGUUCGAGUGGACACUUGGUGUGUGUUUCAUGCCGGUCGAAGCUCACAUGCUGUCCCACAUGCCGCGGUCCUUUAGCCAACAUCAGAAAUCUGGCGAUGGAGAAAGUCGCCUCAAACGUCAAAUUCCCUUGCAAACACUCCAGCUACGGAUGUACAGCAUCGCUGAUCUACACAGAGAAGACAGAACACGAGGAGACGUGCGAAUGUCGCCCAUAUCUAUGCCCCUGCCCUGGAGCCUCGUGCAAAUGGCAAGGACCGCUCGAUCUAGUCAUGCAACACCUAAUGAUGUCGCACAAGAGUAUCACCACCCUGCAGGGCGAAGACAUUGUCUUCCUGGCAACAGAUAUCAACCUGCCUGGUGCAGUUGACUGGGUCAUGAUGCAAUCGUGUUUCGGUCACCAUUUUAUGCUUGUUUUGGAAAAACAGGAGAAAUAUGAUGGGCAUCAGCAGUUCUUCGCUAUUGUCCAGCUUAUUGGGUCCCGCAAGGAAGCCGAAAACUUUGUUUAUAGGCUGGAAUUGAAUGGGAAUCGUCGUCGCCUGACAUGGGAAGCGAUGCCAAGGUCGAUUCAUGAAGGUGUCGCCAGUGCAAUACACAAUUCUGAUUGCCUGGUCUUCGAUACUUCAAUCGCACAGCUAUUCGCCGACAAUGGUAAUCUCGGCAUCAACGUUACCAUCUCCAUUGUCUAAACAGACAGCGGACAGCAGAUGCAGUCGCCAAACAUUGUACAUUAAACCAUAAAAGAUAAAAAAAAACAUUACAUCUACUCCUACAAUACUAUGAUAAUUAUAUUAUACAUUUUUACGUCAUUACACAAGAAGAUUGAUUCUCUGAUUAGUUUAUGAUAAGGUCUAUAGUUUAUAAGCUUUUAUGUAACUAUUCUUUUUUUUGUUAAUUGAAACGUGUAUUUCUAUGAUUUUUGUUUUGUGAAAACAAAAGAGCAGCGCAAUAUUGUGUGUUAAACGAGCUGCUGGGAUUGAUUUCUAUCUCUAUCAAAAUUUAGCUCAAAAAUAAUGAUAAUUCUUUAUCUCAGUUAACAACUACAGUUAAAAUUCUUAGUAGUAUAUUGUUGAAAAGAAACACCAACAAAAAUCAAAUCGUUCAACUCUUGAGCUCGAAAAUAAGAAAAGAUUAUUGAAAGGAAAGUGAAGAUUUCGACUUAAAUAAAUGUAUGUGGCUUAGCACUUUCUCUCGUACACAUAUUUUUAAACACGUAAGUUCGCUUAAGCUCUACAUGUUGUCUAAUAUUUUUAUAAUUACAUAUUUUUGUUGGUUAUAUAUAUAUAUUUUUUUUUAUUUUCGCCUUUUUUGUUUUUCUUUUAUUUUUUAUUUGUAAUUACAAUAUUUUAGUUAAUUUGUAGAAUUAAAUAACAGAAUUAUGAAGCAAAUAUUUGCGAAAUUAUUGCGUAUGCAACUUGGUUCAUAAAUAAACGUAUAAUUUUACACAAA